GCCAGCAGUUCGGCCACUUCCUGCUUGAGGUGCGCUGAGACCAUGGACGCCGAGCCGCCCCCUUUGGAGGAGCGCCGUCGGCUGCAGGAGGAGCUGAGCGAGUUCGUGGAGAGCUGCUGCCGGACGCUGGAGGAGGUGACAGCGUCCCUGGGAUGGAGCCUGGAUCAGCUGGACCCCGGGGACGAGGCGGCGGAGGAUGAAAUCGCCAUAUGCCCUUAUGAUUCUAAUCAUCACAUGCCUAAAUCAUCACUAGCAAAGCACGUGGAGUCUUGCAGAUUGAGGAAACUGGGCUAUGACAAAGAGGAAGAGAAUGAUAUGUACAAUCCUGCUUUUUUCUAUGAGAAUUUGAAGAUUCCUUCGGUUACUUUGAAUAAGGAUUCACAGUUCCAGAUAAUCAAACAAGCUAGAACUGCAGCUGGAAAAGAUGGUGAUUGUUACAGUCAAAGAAUGUAUUCUUCAAUGCCUGUUGAAGUUCCUCUGAAUCAUAAACGAUCUGUUUGUGACCUUACCCAAGCAGAUCGUCUUGCCCUUUAUGAUUUUGUCAUUGAGGAGACAAAGAAAAAGCGUUCUGGUUCUCAAGUCAUUGAAAAUGACAGUGAUCUGUUUGUAGACUUGGCUGCUAAAGUCAAUCAAGAUAAUAGCCGAAAAAGUCCAAAAUCUUACCUAGAAAUCCUGGCAGAAGUGAGAGAUUAUAAAAGAAGACGCCAGUCCUACAGAGCUAAGAAUGUUCAUAUAACCAAAAAAUCUUAUACUGAGGUAAUUCGGGAUGUGAUAAAGGUGCACAUGGAAGAACUCAGUAACCAUUGGCAAGAAGAACAAGGAAGAGCAGAAGAUGGUGCUGAAAAGAAUGAAGAAAGGCGAUCAGCUUCGGUAGACUCGCGACAGUCUGGUGGAAGUUACUUGGAUGUUGAAAGUUCACGACAUAGAAGGGGUCGGAGUAGGAGCCCACACAAACGAAAAAGAAAUAAGGAUAAAAAUCCUGAGUCAAGGAGAAGGAAAGAGAGGGAUGGAGAAAGACAUCAUAGUCAUAAAAGAAGAAAGCAAAAAAUAUGAACAGAAUGUAAAUGCAUUAAUUACGCUUACGAAUAAAUAUGCUGGUGUUUUAAUUGUAAUCUUUGCAUAGGAGAAAGUGGCUGUUAUGAUCAUGUAAUGAUCAUUUUAAUAAAUGUUUCCAACCAUGAGACAAAA